AUGUCGUCCUUGGACCUCGUGGAUCACUCGCCGCAUCAGGUCGAUCCUUCGCCUCCAGUUGCGACGGCCUCGAAUCUCAUCUUUAUCGACAACUACGACUCCUUCACUUGGAACAUCUACCAAUACCUGGUGCUGGAGGGGGCUACUGUCCAUGUGUAUCGCAACGACAAGAUCACGUUGGAGGAACUCAUCGCGAAGAACCCAACACAGCUGGUCAUCAGCCCUGGACCUGGCCACCCAACGACGGACUCGGGGAUCAGCCGCGAUGCCAUCAAGCACUUUGCCGGCAAAAUCCCUAUUCUUGGUGUCUGCAUGGGUCUGCAAUGUAUCAUUGAUGUCUAUGGUGGCGAAGUGAGCUCAGCGGGCGAGUGGCUCCACGGCAAAACGUCCCCGUUGACUCAUGAUGGCAAGGGCGUCUUCUCUGGUUUGAAGAAGGACAUCCCUGUGACCCGAUAUCAUUCUUUGGCUGGGACGCCAGUCUCACUGCCAGAUUGCUUGGAAACUACGGCUUGGGUUUCGAAACCAGAUGGAUCACCUGGCGUUAUCCAAGGUGUUCGUCACAAGGAGUAUUCCGUUGAAGGUGUUCAAUUUCACCCGGAGAGUAUUCUUACUGCUGAAGGUCGCACCAUGAUCAAGAACUUCUUGCGCUUCCAAGGUGGAACCUGGGCAGACAAUGCCGAGAAGCAAAAGUCCGCCGCAGCGCCAGGAACGGGCGAAAGCAAGAGCAACAACAUUCUACGCCAAAUUUACGCAAACCGAAAGGCUGCCGUGGAGGCGCAGAAGCAGAUUCCAUCACAACGCAUGGCUGACCUGCAAGCUGCUUAUGAUCUAAACGCUGCUCCGCCUCUGGUACCUUUCUUGGAAAGGCUGCGCAAUACCCCCUUCGAAGUAGCGCUUAUGGCCGAAAUCAAGCGUGGCUCGCCUUCCAAGGGCAUCUUUGCCAUGGACAUCAAUGCGCCUGUGCAAGCGCGAAAGUAUGCGCUUGCCGGAGCCAGUGUCAUCUCGGUGCUGACCGAGCCUGAGUGGUUCAAGGGAAGUAUUGAAGAUUUGCGUGCCGUCCGCCAAGUACUCAACGGCAUGCCCAACCGCCCUGCUAUCCUAAGGAAGGAGUUUAUCUUCGAUGAGUACCAGAUCCUCGAGGCUAGGUUGGCUGGCGCCGAUACUGUCCUCCUAAUCGUCAAGAUGUUGGACACGCCGUUGCUGGAGAAACUGUACAAGUACUCUCUAUCACUCGGGAUGGAGCCCCUCGUCGAAGUGCAGAAUGCGGAUGAGAUGACGAUUGCCGUCCAACUCGGCGCCAAGGCCAUCGGUGUCAACAACCGCAAUCUUGAGAGCUUCGAGGUCGACCUGAAGACGACUAGCCGUCUGCGCAGCAUGGUACCCGAGAACACCAUCAUCUGCGCCCUCAGCGGCAUCAACACCUAUAAGGAUGUUCUCGAGAACAAGAAGGAUGGCGUCAAUGCUGUCCUGGUUGGAGAGGCUAUCAUGCGAGCUCCCGAUGCCACGCAGUUCAUCAGUCAACUCUGCUCGGGCGUGGACGCACCAGCCCAAAAUGACAAGCCUUCCGCACUCUACGUCAAGAUUUGUGGCACACGCAGUGCUGAAGCUGCCACCGAGGCUGUCAAGUCCGGCGCCGACUUUGUCGGAAUCUGCCUCGUGCCAGGGGUCAAGAGGUGCAUCACGCACGAGACGGCUCUCGAGAUAUCGAAAGCGGUCCACUCAUACGGCGGGCCUCUGCCAUCCAAGGCAGACGUACCCAUCACAAAUGAAAAGGCCACUGACUUUUUCUCUACCGCUGCGACGCGUUUAGCGAGCGAGCGCCCUCGUUUGGCCGGUAUUUUUCAGAACCAGCCGCUCCACGAAGUCCUAGAGAAGCAAAAGCUUUACAAUCUGGAUGUGGUGCAGCUACACGGUGAUGAGCCCCUUGAAUGGGCCAACAUGAUUCCCGUGCCCGUGAUCCGGUGCUUCAAACCCGGCCAUGUUGGUAUCGGCUCGCGAGGAUAUCACACCGUGCCUCUGUUGGAUUCAGGUGCCGGCUCCGGCAAGUUGCUGAAUGUGUCCAAGGUGGAAGAGAUCCUUCGCAAGGAUCCUGAGCUCAGAAUCUUCCUGGCCGGUGGUCUCAACCCUGAGAACGUUGCAGAGGCAGUCAACUCGCUUGGUGAAUUGGGUAAGCGUGUCAUUGGUGUGGACGUCAGCAGCGGCGUUGAGGAAGACGGGAAACAAAGCUUAAAGAGGAUCGCGGCAUUUGUCAACGCAGCCAAGCAGAUUCGAUAA